CAAGGCACUGAGAUGCCGUUCACGUGAUCGCAUUUUUACGUAACAAACGGGUGUAGACCUGUAUGUUGCCAAGUCUCUACUGGCACAUAAACUAGACACUUGUAGAUUAUAGCUAUGGCUAAACACAUUUUUWAAAUACAUUUAUAAUAKCCGGCAUACAUMGUAUGCCGAUCAUCUAUCCUACAAUGUCGGUCCAACACCCCGAAGGAGAGGACGCCGUCGAAGAAAGAAAAGGAUUCUUCAUUGAACCAGAAUACGACUGGAACGAGGAGCAGGACAAUGUAGACAACCACAUACUUAUUUUACAAAAAGCRGACGCACUGGCAUCAGAAAACCGUCUCAAAGAAGCCAUCUAUGUUUACUCGAUGGCCUUGAGAUAUGGUUCUGUAGGGCCGGAGCAGAUGUGCACUUUAGUGGAUUGUAUUCUGCGCAACUUUAAGAGAAAGCUGGGAACGGAUGAGGCGCCUUCGGAACGAACGCCACAUCUUAUUGAUAACGCCGUGGAGGAGGACGUUUUUGACUGCCCGAAUUGUCAUAGAUUUCUAGGCGAGCCCGUGACUAUGGGCUGUGGACAUUCGUACUGUAAAAGAUGUUUACAACACCAGCUGCUCUCCAAAUGCAAGCUGUGUAGCGAGGUAGGAGGCAGGCCGACGGAGCUUAAAACGAAUGUGAUUCUAUUCGGACUUUUGGAAAAGUGGUUUCCCGAGGAGCUGAAAAGGUCUAGAGCUAUUAGUGAAAUUGAAGACCUGUCUAGAAGGAAACAUUUCGAGGAGGCCGUYUCACUAGCGACAGAUGUGAUUGAAUCUGAUCCUGGMGAUGAGGCGGUGCGGUGGUCACGGGUCAAGGCCUACACCGGGCUCCUGCAGUACCGAUUGGCCCUGGAGGACGCUGAAUUCUGUCUUAGCUCCACUCACUCUGCAGAGGGUUUCUACUGGAAGGCCAAGGUGCUCCAGGACAUGGGCCAGGUUGACGACUCGUUGCAGGUUUUCCUCCACUGUCUGGCCCUGGACGAGGACUUCACCCUGGCCAAACGAGAGGUGGAAAAUAUACUGUGCGACCUGCUGUCUCCGGCCGGCGAGAACGUGAAGGUGGGCCUGAGGGAGACGGCGCAGAGCACAUCGCCUCACCUGCGUCGUAAGAUUUUGGUAGCGGAUGCCGAGGCCAGAGCCCAACAGCAUCAGGCCGAAGCCAAGCACUCUGUCCUGCACCAAGUCCAGGCUCGCACCUCCUCGGCACACCCUAGCACCGACGCACAGCACGAGAAGCCGGGUCGCUCAGGGAGCCUGGAGCGUACGAGCCUCAGCCGCGCUCACUCGAUGCGAYCCCACGGGCCGGGUCUGGGCAGCGUGGACGAGGGUCUUAAACGUGUCUGCUCCGCACCCCAGCUGGGGGACCAGGAGAAAGGCAUGCUGCUGAAGCGGAAGCUGACGUUCUCCGGGGGUGGACCCCACGUCGUCUACAGCCACGGGAGCAAGCAGAAGAAACAAGGAGUGGCCUGUGGUGCGUCGAGCCAGGGAGCCUCGGCCCGAGCUCACAGAGUCGUACCCAGAGACCUACUGGACCCCAACGACCUGGAGUGUUCCCUCUGCAUUAGGUUGUUCUACGAGCCGGUGACCYCGCCGUGCGGUCACACCUUCUGUAAAGACUGUCUGGAGCGCUGUCUGGACCACACUCCCCAGUGUCCUCUCUGCAAGGAGAGCCUCAAAGAGUAUCUGGCAGCCAGGAAGUACACAGUCACCAGUGUGCUGGACCGAGUGAUAAAGCAGUACCUGUCUAAGGAGCAGUCGGAACGGCAGAAGACUCACCUGGAGGAGGCCCAAGAGCUCGCAGACCUGAUGAAGAAGGUCCCCAUCUUUGUGUGCACCAUGGCCUACCCGACCGUGCCUUGUCCCCUGCACGUCUUCGAACCGCGAUACCGUCUCAUGAUCCGCCGCUGCAUGGAGACAGGCACGCGCCAGUUUGGGAUGUGCAUCAACGACGCUCAGAAAGGAUUUGUGGACUACGGCUGUAUGCUGAUCAUCCGGAGUGUCCACUUCCUCCCAGACGGGCGUUCCGUGGUGGACACCAUCGGAGGGAAGAGGUUCCGGGUGCUGACCCGCGGGAUGAAGGARGGGUACUGCAUCGCCGACAUCAAGUACCUGGAGGAUACCAGGGUGAGCGACAGCGAGGAGUUGACYCAGCUGCAGCAGCUGCACGACGCCGUGUACGAACAAGCGCGCACCUGGUUCCAGAACCUCAAGAACCGCUUCAGCAACCAGAUCCUUCAGCACUUCGGCGCCAUGCCCGAGAGAGAGCCCGACAUCCAGGUGAGCCCCGGCGUGUAGUCUUCCCCCUCCCCUUCUCCAGGGUCAUUCAUUAGGGKAUACUGUAGCAAAGAAAUUUGCAGCAGAGUAUAAAUAUGAUUGUUUCUUACUGSAUAAGUUCAGUUAGUCCCUUUCUGUUUCAGGCUUUCUUCCAGUGUCACUCCCAUAGCAAUAUAAUCUAUUUCAAUGGUUGCUCCACUGCUCUAGAAGCGAUCAUUGUGGGUAAUUCUUAACUAAUCUUCUGGAGGAAGGUGUUAUGUCAACUUCCUCCAGAGUGUCCUUACGACAACCCCUCACCCUCUAU